UAGAUGAAAGUGUUAAUUGUUUUGGGAAUUUCAGCAGCUAUAGCCUUCACAGCUGUUUUCUUCUCUUUCCUUCAGACUGGCAAAGAUGUCGUCUUUGAAAUUGAAGAUAACUGCAUUACUGAGGCUAUCCAGAAGGCUUCUAAUCUGGUGGAUUAUGCUACACAAUAUGCUCUGAAAAGAAAUAUCCAAGGGAAGGGAAUAGCAAGUCCUACCUCAUUGCUGACCUUCUCAAAAUUUCCAGAACAAGACAGUCAAGAUAUUUCCCAAGCAGCGGAACGAAUGGAAAUGUCAAUUCAAGUAUUGAAACAAAAAGUUUGCAAGAAAUACAAGCGUUCUUUGCAUCCAACUGAUCAUUUAUCAGCUGAUCUGCUUACUAUGAUUGCUAACAUUUCUGGAUGUCUGCCUUAUAUGUUGCCACCAAAAUGUCCAAGCAAUUGCUUAGCUAAUAAGUAUCGACUCAUCACUGGUGCCUGCAAUAAUAGGGAGCACACUAGAUGGGGAGCAUCCAACACAGCCUUGGCUAGAUGGCUCCCACCAGCCUAUGAAGAUGGACUCAGUCAACCUCGAGGAUGGGAUCCCAGCAUUCGAUACAAUGGAGUCCGGCUGCCCUUGGUAAAUUGGUUCUUUUCCCAGGUCCGAGAGGUGACAAGAAAGAUAAUUCACGCAUCUAAUGAGGCUGUCACCGAAGACAACCUAUAUGCUGACAUCAUUAUGGUGUGGGGACAGUAUAUAGACCAUGACAUUUCAUUCACUCCUCAGAGCAUAAGUAGAACCAGCUUUUUAACGGGAAAGGAGUGCCAGAUGACAUGUGAAAGACAAAAUCCCUGCUUUCCGAUAAAGGUAACAACCAAUGACACAUUAUCCAAAGGAGUGGAUUGCCUGCCCUUCUACCGCUCAUCUCCUACAUGUGGCACUGGUGAUCACAGUAUUCUUUUUGGAAAUCUGUCAGCUCUAAUACCAAGACAGCAGAUCAAUGGUUUAACCUCUUUCAUUGACGCUUCUACUGUCUAUGGAAGCACUUCCAAUGUGGAAAAUAAGCUGAGGAAUUUAACAAGUGAAGAAGGCCUUCUCAGAGUCAACAGUAAACAUCGUGAUAAUGGUCAGGAAUACCUGCCUUUUACAGACCGGGUUCCAUCACCUUGUGCACAGGACUCUAACACAAGUGAAGAUGAAAGGAUUGAAUGCUUUAUGGCUGGGGACAGCCGAUCAAGUGAGGUCACAUCAUUAACAGCCAUGCACACACUAUGGCUGAGAGAGCACAACCGCCUGGCCCGGGCCCUCAAAGCCAUCAACAGCCACUGGCAAGCUGAAACUGUCUAUCAAGAAGCACGGAGAAUUGUUGGAGCUCUCCAUCAGAUUAUUACUUUAAGAGAUUACAUUCCUAAAAUCAUUGGCCAAGAUGCUUUUAAUCAAUAUAUUGGUCUUUAUAAAGGUUAUGACCCCACAGUGAAUCCUACAGUUUCUAACGUAUUUGCAACAGCUGCUUUUCGUUUUGGCCAUGCAACAAUCCAACCAAUAGUAAGGCGGUUGAAUGCACAGUAUUUAAACGAUCCAGAACUCCCAAAUCUUCAUUUGCAUGAAGUUUUCUUUAGUCCUUGGAGGCUUAUUAAGGAAGGAGGCUUGGAUCCAUUGAUAAGGGGUCUUCUUGCACAUCCAGCAAAACUGCAGGUGCAAGGUCAACUGAUGAAUGAAGAGUUAACAGAUAAGCUGUUUGUGUUGUCCAAUAAUGGUUCACUUGAUUUAGCAUCACUGAACUUACAGCGUGGCCGUGAUCAUGGACUCCCAGGUUAUAAUGACUGGCGAGAAUUCUGUGGCUUACCAAAGCUGGAAACUCAAACUGACCUGAAUGCAAUAAUAACUAAUCAGAAAGUUACUGAAAAAAUCAUGGAAUUGUACCAUAAUCCUAGUAAUAUUGAUGUUUGGCUUGGUGGUUUAGUGGAAGACUUUCUACCAGGUGCUAGAACAGGUCCCCUGUUUGCCUGUUUAAUUGGAAAGCAAAUGAAAGCAUUAAGGGAUGGUGAUCGAUUUUGGUGGGAAAAUGAUAAUGUUUUCACUGAAGCUCAAAAGAAUGAACUCAAAAAGCACUCAUUGUCUCGCGUGAUUUGUGACAACACAGGGAUUUCUGAUGUGCCAGUAGAUGCUUUUCAACUUGGAAAGUUUCCACAGGAUUUUAAAGAUUGUAGUACUAUAGAUGGAAUGAAUUUAGAAGCUUGGCAAGAAAUCUUUCAGGAAGAAGAAAUGUGUGGAACACCAAAGCAUGUAGAAAAUGGUAAUUUUGUAUAUUGUUCAGAAUCUGGGGAAUCUACAGUGACUUAUUCUUGUCAACAUGGAUUUCAGUUACAAGGAGAAGAGCAAUUGACCUGCACAAAUAAAGGCUGGAACUUUCAGGCUCCUGUUUGCAUAGAUAUCAAUGAGUGUGAAAAUGAAAUUAAUCCACCAUGCUCUCCAACUGCUAAAUGCAUUAACACUAAAGGCAGCUACAAAUGUCUCUGUACAGAACCUUACAAGCUGGCAGAAGACGGAAGAACAUGCAUUGAUAGCACUUUUUAACCUACUGUCCAUUAAAACUUUCUCAGUUCUUUUUUUUAACAGCACUGUAAAAAUGUUAAAAUUGAGAUCUAUGGAAGAACAGUGAAAAUACCUAAAAAUUUCUGCAGACACUCUUAGCCAUAAAUAUACCAUCAGAUUCUGUAAAGUAAAUAAAUGUAUUGGAUAAAUAA